AUGGGCAGACGGCUAGGGACCUCAGUUAAGUUUCUCAUGUUUACAAAGUCAAUGUCUCAAAAAUGGCUAUUAAUUCAUGCAGUUUCUGUGUUGCUUGGCUUUAUUGCCAAGAAAUCUGUAAGGCGGUUACUUUUUGGGUAUGCAUACCCUGCAUUUGAAUGUUUCAAAUCUGUGGAGAAGAACAAGGUGGAUAUUGAAGAAAUUAGAUUCUGGUGUCAAUAUUGGAUCAUAAUAGCACUUAUGACGGUUUGUGAGAGGAUUGGGGACACGUUUCUUUCAUGGUUGCCAAUGUAUGGUGAGGUGAAGCUGGCAUUUUUUAUCUACUUAUGGUAUCCAAAAACAAAGGGAACUGGCUAUAUCUACGACGCCAUGUUGAGGCCUUUUGUAACAAGGCAUGAAACGGAUAUCGAAAGGAAGUUAUACGAGAUGAGAGGUAGAGCCUGGGACUUUGCCAUCUACUACUGGCAUAACUGUACAGAAUUGGGGCAGACUAAAUUCUUCGAAGCUCUGCAAUACUUGGCGAGUCAGUCAGGGAAGUUCCCAGGCAACAAUACGGAGUGCCCCCCAAUGCCAGUACCUCCUCCAAAUGAGUUGCCCUCGUUGAACAACCAUACAAGCAGGAACCCCAAGGGGCCGCCAAGACCACCGCCACCGCCCGGUAGCAGCACCAUCAAUCGAGCAGUUGCAGGGUCACCAAAAUCCAAACAAGGACAGGCCCACCUCAACGAGGAAACAGAAUCUGUUACCGCAAUGUACACAGACAACUCAACUAGCCUUGAUUCUAAUGCCAAUGGAAAGCUCCAGCAAUUUCGUAUGAGGCUACGAAGAUCAAAACCAAUUCAACACUGA